CUCUGUGCUUCCGCCGGGUCCCGGAAGCAGCUGUGGGGCGAUGGCAGAGAAGGGCAGGGGGGCGGUGGAGCUGGAGCCAGCGAAGGAAGGAUGCAGCGAGCUGGACAGCGGUUUCGGGGAGCUGCUGAAAGAGGAUGAGGUGGGGAAGGACCCCAGCUACGUGCUCUACAGGGACAGGAAGAAGUGGGCAGAUAUUAAACCCAUUAUCCAAAGCGAUGGACCGACCCCUGUCGUCCAGAUCAUCUACAGUGAAAAAUUUGAAGAUGUCUAUGACUACUUCCGGGCUGUUGUGCAGCAGGAUGAAAGAAGCGAAAGAGCUUUCAAGCUGACAGCAGAUGCCAUUGAGUUAAAUGCUGCAAACUACACAGUAUGGUAUUUCAGGAGAGUCCUCCUGCAGUCUUUGGGAAAGGAUCUCUAUGAGGAACUUCAGUAUAUUACAACUAUCAUUGAAGAUCAGCCAAAGAACUACCAAGUCUGGCAUCACAGACGGUUGUUGGUGGAGUGGCUGCAGGAUCCAUCCCAAGAGCUUGACUUUGUAGCUGACAUUCUUAAUCAAGAUGCCAAAAAUUACCAUGCAUGGCAACACAGACAAUGGGUUAUUCAGGAGUUCAAAUUAUGGGACAAUGAACUGGAAUAUGUAGACCAGCUUUUGAGGGAAGAUGUGAGAAACAACUCUGUUUGGAACCAACGAUACUUCGUAAUUUUCAACACCACCGGCUACGAUGAUCCAGCAGUCCUAGACAGAGAAGUCCAAUACACUCUUGAGACGAUCAUAGCAGUGCCACAUAAUGAGAGCGCUUGGAACUACUUAAAAGGGAUUCUACAGGAUCGUGGUCUUUCUAAGUAUCCAAAUCUGUUAGAGCAACUGUUGAAUUUACAGCCUAGCCACAGUUCACCCUAUCUGCUUGCCUUUCUUGUGGACUUAUAUGAAGAUAUGCUUGAAAACCAGUGUGAUAACAAGGAGGAAACACUAAACAAGACAUUGGAGCUUUGUGAAAUUCUGGCUAAAGAAAAAGACACCAUCCGAAAGGAAUACUGGAGAUACAUUGGAAGGUAUCUUAAGAACAAGCACAGCUCAGGCACUGAACACACCACGCUGACUGACAAGCAGCAGUAGCUGAACGCAUAGGAAGAAAACAGCGUUAACCUCUCAUGCUAUUCUAAAGCAGUACUAAGUAGGGUCAUCAACUAGUUUAAAAUCCAGUGUAGUAUUCAGCUGGCAAAGAGGUAUUGCAAUGAAAGAAGAGUGCAGUGCUGUAUAGUCUCAGGUUGUGCUGCUGACAAUAGCUGUAGGAGCAGUCAAAAAAUAAAUUAAGGCUUAAUUUCCUAAUAAUGAAUACAUAUACCUAUGUAUAGGUACAUAGGUAUAGCUAUAUCUACUCUUUAGCUACAUAGCCACAUAGAUACAUAUAUAUACCUACAUAGGUAUGUAGGUAAACUGUACCUACUAUUUAUAAAGUACUAAACCAAUUUCUGAUGCCCUGGCUUAUCCAUUCAUGGUUCCUAACACAGUCACAUCAGAUGCAGUAAUGACUGCAGGUAACUUAGGCUAGUGGAUAUGAAAUAACCUACUUGUGGUUAGCGCAAGCAGGAGCUGCAGUUGUUGCCUUAGUGGGAGCAGCUAUGCAACACUGACAGCACAAGCUAUGCAGCUAACACCAAGUGUCAUUUUAAAGCAUUUUUAUGAAAUAUUUUAGUUUCUUCUAGUCUUCAGAUGCACAUAGUCUACUCUUCUCAAAUGCUAAUAGAGAUAAAAAUAACAUCCCCCUUUUAGGGAUAUUAGAUUCUAUUGUGUUGAGGUGUCUUUUGCGCUGGUGUAUUCUCAUCCCAGAAACUUUCCAUACGCUUGAUGUAUUCAUUGGAGCCUUGAAUUCUUACCUGCACAGUCAGAAAAAAUGCUUUGAGGACCCUAGAUGAUCUUCUUAGUUUUUUCUUGGAGUUCUGUUCACAUGACUGAAAAUCUGAAUUAUUGGUUUUUUCUUCACCCCUUGUAACCAGACCAAACUGAAGUCAUAGGUCAGAAGAGAUUAUAACAAACUAGUUAUGUUAUAGACCUUCACUGAACUGGAAGGAAAGGAGUGGUUUUAUUGGGGACCUAUUCCCAUUAAAUGUCUUAACCUUGUUGCUCCUACAGGCUUUUCAUACCUUUUCCAUGCAUAUAUUCAGCCAAGAAGUAUUUUCCUCCCCUUUGUGAAAGAUAGAGAGUAUCUGCAGUGCAGAACUGCAAAGGAUGUGUAUACCUGCACAAGAAAACUGCUGCAUCUGCUCUGUUUUCGGUAAAUGACCGUUGUAAACUGUGUUCUUCACAUAGACUGCUUGGCUGAUCUGAAAUAUUUUUUUUGAGAAGAUCAUAAUGGGAACAAAUAAAUACUAGUAUUCAUAAUAGGAAGUCUUUCAGACACUAAACAUUAAGAGCUGCUGCUGUAAUUAAACGAUAGUGGAGAUUAUUUUAAAUGCUUGAAAUAUGUUAAUUCAAUGUGUUCUUUAAAUUUAAAACAACUCAUGGGGGGUGCAAUCACUAUGUGAAAGCUAUGUAAUUCGUUUUAAUAUUUUUACUGUUUUCUCCGCGGUAGAGAAAACAUUUUUAUAGUGACACACAAACAUUUAAAAUGGACAAGAACUUCAAACUUUUGGAGAUUUUUUUUUUUACCUGCUUUUUUCUUUUUACUUUACACAAGCAUAGUGAUACUCCAAAGAUAAUGCCACUCCUGAGCUAAGUUUACUAACGAAGGAAUAACCAGAUAUGUACUAUAACAGGAAAUAUCUCAUCUCAUGUAAAACAAAUGUGUGACCAAACAAAUCAUGCAAAUCCUAAGAAAAAACCAUUCUGGAGACUAGAGUCCAUUUAAAAAAAAAGUCGUUAUGUUUUAACAGAAAUGUUUUGGGUUUUUUUAAAUGUUUAUUUUACUAUUAUGUUUUAGCAGAAAUGUUCAUUUUCUUCUUUCAAAUGCUUAUGUUUACUAUUAUUUGGGUUGCAAGGAAGCUCUAAAGUCCUCUUCAAAAGGCAUCUCAGUUCUGUGGUAGUGAGCCAUACUCAGAAAUACCGAGCUGUGAGAGCUGGGAAAAUGACAGGCUGCCCAGCCAGGUUGCAACUGCAGCUACCAACCCUUUAAUUUUAAAAAUAUGCCUGAGACAGAAUCUUUCUUGCAGAAGUGGGAGCUUGAUGAAGUGUAUGCGUCAUAGAGAAAAGGGCCUUACAAUAGGAAGUGUUAAACGAUGUAUAGGAAUUGGUACUGACUACCAAAGUUCAGGGGAAGCACCAAGUUGAUUUGUUCUAAGGGUUCAUCUGUACAAGAAAACUUCCUGUUGUUACUGAUUGUGUGUAUUGAUGGGACUCCUGUGUACAAUUUUAUUGCUGAAGAGCUGUGCCUAAAUGGAAAACUGUAUCGGUACAAAUGUCCCUUGUAAAUCAAUGUAAUUGGAAUAUUCAGUGGAGUAUGGAGAAUUAUUAAAGCAUGUGAAAUAAUUUCCUAUGCCUGCUUUCA